AUGGCACUGCAAGGCUGGCGCUUUUUCGGUGUCUCGGCAACAAUCAUCAUCUAUAUAGGCGGUGUGCUAUUUCUAUCCAUGAACAAUAUACCCGGCUCGCAUCCAAAACGCACGCGCAUCGAGCGCUUUGCCGAGUUUUCCAGCUUUCAUAGUCCCCGAUUCCCGAUGCCCAGUCGCAAGAUGACGAUUCGCUGGUGUCGCGACCUCAAAUAUUUAAAUCGCGAGCUUCCAAAUUACACCGACGACAAGGCCGGCGACUUCUACACUGCUGUGCCCAGCUCGGAUGUGAGUGCCAGUCUCCAGAUGCCAUCGGCUCCGAUGCUGACGGCGCUGGCAAGUUUCCCGGGCAGCGGCAACACCUGGCUGCGAUAUCUGCUGCAGCAGGCCACGGGCAUUUUAACGGGUAGCAUCUACAAGGAUUAUGGCCUGCUAAAGACGGGCUUUCCGGCGGAGAACGUGUGCAACAGCUCGGUGCUCCUGGUGAAGACACACGAAUGGGGAUCCAAGGCAUGGGCGCCCUUCUCCAAGGCCAUACUCCUGGUGCGGGAUCCCGAGAAGGCGAUCAUAGCCGAGUUCAAUCGCCAAAGUGGCGGCCACAUUGGAUUCGCAUCUCCCGAUCGCUACAAGCGCACCAAAGGCAAAUAUUGGCAACAAUUUGUCAGCAACAAGCUCAAGGGCUGGGAACUCAUGAAUCUCAGCUGGGCACGUAAUUUUACGGGCAGUAUUAAGGUUGUGUUCUACGACGAUUUGGUGCAUCACACAGAGCGCGAACUGCGCAACAUUCUCGACUUCCUCGAGUUUCCCGUCAGCGAGCAGCUCAUGCGAUGCGCCAUCAUGCGCAAGGAAGGCAUUUUCCGGCGCAAAAAGCGACUGCUAUCCUUCGAUCCCUACACGGAUGUCAUGCGGGCCGAGCUGCUGGCGAGACGACGACUCGUCUACGGCAUGCUGGGCAGGCUCAAAGACAACGAUUGACGACGAUUGCAACGAGUUCAACGAGUUCAACAAAGCAAUGCUAAGAGACCACCUAAUAAAGAUUAACAAACAGUUCAGCAAUGCACUCCCCGCCAAAAACAAAAACAAAAACAAAAAAGAAUCCCCUGCUUAACAUCAACAACGACUGCAAGCAUUAUUAGCACACUAAAUAUAUAGAUAUAUAUAUAUACUAUGUAGAUCUCAAGAGAUCGAGCUAAAUCAUCCCCAGACAAAGAACCACCCGCCUUGCGCAAUGUUUCGUAUGGUUUGCUGCUUGAACGCAUCUUAGUUGAAAAAUAUAACACAUACGAUAUGCGAUAUACGAUAUACGAUAUAUAUCGCAUGUACGAAUAUUUGUGAAAUCUCUUAGGUUUGUUUUAUACAUAUAUGUAUGUAUGUAGGGUAGAGAGAGGCAGCAGUAGCUGCAGUCAUAAUUCCGAUUUUGAUUGCAACAAGGUAUUAUGAUUCCUGAACGAAUUUAUGAAAUUCAUUAUACGCCAUGUUGUGCUUCAUCGCUCAUAUCCGUGUGUAUUCCAUUGAUAUUAUUCGAUUCGUAUGUACUCUUACUCACAAUCGUAAUCGUACUCUGGUUAUAUUGAAAUCCAAUGUUAGACUAUCCCUUGUAAAAAGUUUUAUACACAAUUCUACAAUAAUUUAUUGAACUACGAAAAACAAUAAUGAACAUAUUAGAUAAUUGUACAAAACGACGACGACAACAACAAAUAUAACAAUGAAUACUUACAACUUUAAAGUUAACCGCAUUUUCUUCAUGUUAAAGGAUAAAGGGCGGAAAAACUAGUUUUCCUAUCAAAGUAUUUUUAAUGGUGGUGACUUUCUAGGAAUGUCCUGGCAGGCA